CUUCUCCGUUCUUAAGUUUGUGCACACUUUUACUUUCAAGCAAUUUUUAUGAAGCAAUGUGAAAUACGAAAAAAAAAUUUGACAACACAAAGGAAAUAAUCUGUGCAAAAGCGCAUUCCCCGCACAGUUGUAGAAGUGAGGGGAGUUAUAGYGCAUAUUUUACAAGCUUUCGCGUUUAUGCGCUUCAAAUCGAUUUGAAAAUCAACUGACUGGUGUACAAGUUAACGAAAACGCCAACAACAACAACAAAGCUACAAGCAGACGCCACAGCAUGUCCGCCAGUCUAAUGUCCUGUGUUCGGGAGAACUCCCCACCGUUAGAUAUUGUGGAUGGAGCCAACUGUAGCAGUGCAACGGGUCCAAUGUCAUUACCCGAUUGUCAUAUGACUACAAUGUCCACACAUAAACAACAACAACAACAACAACUCACAUCAACACCACUGUCAGCGACAAACAUCAAUGAGAGUAGUAGCAGUGGUGGUGGCGGCGCUGGUGGAGGAGGUGAUGGAACAACACAAACUACUGAACCGAAACGUCGUCGCUUCCAUCCGCUGCGCAAUCUCCGACGCAUAUUUCGUCGACGCACGAUCACCAACGUACCGGACACACCGCCGAGCGUCAACACAACCAACACAUUGCCACCGCCCACCAGCAGCACCAGUGAAAAGAAUCUACGCAGCGCCACGCUCUCCUCCAUAUCGUCAGCGGUGUCAGCCUCAUCGCCCUCCUCACCAUUAACCCACCAACAACUGCAGGACGCCUACUCAUCACAAUCGCUGCCCAAAUCGAAAUCCUAUUCGAUCAGUGGCUGUGGUGUUGGUGCUGUUGUCGCCGCCGGCAAUAGUGGCGCUAAUAAGUCCACACAGCACAGAGAUGCCUUAUUGGCAACGGUGUUAGGUGGAGGUGGUGGUAAACACAAGCAACAGCAACAACAACAUAAUAAACAACAAUUACAACAACAAUUGGAAGAAGAUAUCGACAUGUAUACAACACAUGCCACACACAGCACCACAUCGGCACUGUUCCACCAUCAUCAGCAUCAACAGGUGGGCAGCAGCGGCGGUGUGCUCUUCCAGCCGCCACACUCGGUGCGGCAAUCGCUGGGCGUGGCCGUGCUGCCGAGCGCCAUGAAUCGCAGCUUCUACGCUGAGCGCCAGAAGUUGCGCAGCAUUGGCGACUCGUCGCAGGAGUUGGACAGCAGUGGCAAUGAUAGCGGCAGCGCCAACAACACAACAAUGAGCAGCAGUGCGAACGGUGGCGGACGGACGAAUGGCUGUGCGAGCAGUGAGAUGACAGACAGUCAGCGUAGCCUCAGCGAAGGGCGCUUGGUGGACAGCGACUACAGUCACGAUCCACUCUCGCAAUCACACGACAGCGUAUUUUCCGAGUCGGCAUCAGCGAGUCUAUUCUCCAACAGAGAUUAUCAGGCUGAGCUCUCCGAUGUGCUGCGUAAACGCAAUCGCCAUCGUCAGGAUGCUUCCGAAGAGGAUCUGGGACUGCCACGCAGUCCAGCUUCACCACAACGGCGCGUCGAACGCACCACACAACGCACUCACUAUGCCAAUAGCAAGCACACAACCACAGCCACAUCUUCCAYCGCCACCACCACGGGUGGCAAUCACAGUGAAGUGUCCUCGUUGAGUUUGCUGAGCAUGAAUAGCGGUGAUGGUGAUGAGCUAUUCACCGCAUCCACCGCAAAUAAUUCCACAGUUAGCGCCAAAGAAUUUGUGCAGGAACGUUCAKUGACAACCACAUCGUCAACGGUGAGUGSACGCAGCAUUACUCGCUCAUCCACAGUGUCGACCACAUCGGUGUCCUCGGAGAUUUAUCGACACUCGUCGAGCGGCAGUUUGRCCAACGACAYGAACCGUGACGAGCCGGAUUUGUUGGGUGCGAAGUAUCAACGUCUGUCACAUUCGGCUGCUAAGCAUAAAAUGGCUUUACGUCCGGCUAAGAAGAAGGGACCGAGUCGUCUGCACCGGCGUACGCUGGAGACCUCAAUACCGGAAGCCAAUGAAGAUAGUCUCAGAUUGGCUAAUAAUACACUACUGGACAUAAAAGAACAUGACAUCAAAGCCAAAACACGCUCUCUACCGCCUAGCGUUAAUACAAAAGUAUUAGAUCAACAUGCUGUUGAACCGAAAAAGGUGGCAUCACCUUCGAAAUCGAAAACGAAAUCUUCAAACGCCAGCAAUGAGCAAACAGUUAGCGUUAAACGCUCRAAAAUCGCGAAACAUGAAAAGAGUAAUGAUGGUGGAAAACACACCACUAACACAACAACAAUUACCACCACUAGCAGCAGCAGUAGUGGAUCCAUAACGGCCGCCACCAAUCUAUUUGGCUUGCGCACGUUGACAGCGAAGGCAACGGCGCUCUUCGAGCCACCACAGGAAUCGUCCACCGAUCCAACACCCAGUGAGCAGGAGUUGAAGAGAGAGAAGGAACGUGAGAARCUCAAGGAAAAGGAAAAAGAAAAGAUGAAGGAGAGGGAGAGGGAGAGGGAGAAAGAGAAGGAUGCCACAAGUACACAAAUGGAGACGACAGAGAGCGGCUUCCUGCGGCGACUCAUACAACGCAAUUCCAAGCGUUCGGCCACGCGCAAUAACAGCAACAGUAACAGCAACACACCGAACAGCGCGCCGACCGCCGAGGAAAAUCAGGAAUUGAGUCAGAGCGAAACGGAUGCCAAAACUAAAAUGCAAGUUUCCACCUCCUGUCUGGAUAYCAAGCCGACACCCGAGCCCAGUUUGACCAAAUUAGAUAAAUCUCGUAGCGCCUUGAGUUACGAACAAAAUAUCGAAGAGACACGUAAAGAUAUUAAACGUGAAAUUUUGGCUGUCGGCAGCACCGGCUUGAAUGCCAUGUUGAACGCGCAUAAUUUGACAGCACACAACAACAGCGCCAACAAMGUCAAGGAAGCCGCGACAACCUCGCCACCGAAACCGAAAUCGGGCGCRGCAGCACGCCAACGCUACAUGCCGCAGGACAUCAACUCGCUCGAGCGCAAGGUGACCACGAACGCCAACACGACAGCGCACGACUCUURUGCCAGCAGCACUAACAGCCUACUCUCCAAAAGCUCACAGCAAGAGAUAUUCCAAUCUACUUCGAUUAUACGUGAAAUUACCGCCUCACAGGCAUCCAGUGUGAAUUCGUUGAGCAGCGUCAGCAAAUUGCCAGAGCAUCACUACGAGAAGAAACCGAAAAUAGUUGGACUCAGCGCUUUUCAGCAAAAGAUCUCACGCUCCAACGAUUCGGUGGUACGUUACGCCACCGCCAGUAAUGGCGCAAACGCGCAUUCCACCAGCUCGCUGGACGUCGCCGACGAAACGCACGCGUACAGCAGCCAAGAACAGAAGCAACGAAAAGUUGUGGAGAARUCRCGCAGUUUUCGCACAUACCAAGAGGAGGCGUAUGCCACGCCCACCGCGAUGCACAACAACAUGCCCAGUUUGCCCGAUUUGACGUUGAAUUUGCGUGUGCCSUACAAUGAUUUCGCACACACACACACCAAAGAUAAUGCCGACAACGGCGCUUUGRAUAUGGAGUUGCAAGGUGAUAAGGCGACGCGCGCCAACACACCGCGCACUGAGUCUGYAGGCAAUWUAAGUGCCACGAGCAGCAGUUAUAAUUUUACAAAAAAUAUUGUGGUGAAGAGCACACCAACUAAAACGGUCGCGCCAGAMGAGUCCAACAAAGGUGAUUUACUUGUGAARUCACCAUUCAUCAAUGUCUUGCGCAAACCAACGAGCACCACCAGUUUGGAGGAGAAACCACUUGUGGUUACCGUGAGCGCCGCUAACAGCAACCGCAAAUSUGUUGAGCAGAUUAAUGCGCCCAAGGCGUCGCCCAUCUCGCUCGUCACUGUGGUGCCGYCCGCAGCGGAAGUGUUGAAGGCCGAGCAGCAGCUGCGUCCGAAAGUGUUGCAUUUGCGGGAUUCGAAUGCGAGCCUGGAUAAGUCCACCUCCACGGACGACCCGAWSCUCACACCCACAACAGCGGCAGUACCGUUGCGCGAGAUGAGCAAGCUGAAGUCAAAUGUGGCGGUGGCUAAUGUGCGCAAUGCCAUGGAUGUUUUAGCAGCGAAUGCCAAAGAUGUGGAGCGCAAAUCGGCGCCAGCACCGGUGAUGCAGAGCGCCAAGGCGCAAAGCGUCAAGACGACGCGCCGCAGCACCAGCUUGUUGGACAGCCCGCCAGCGCACAGCCAAAGCGGCAUUGAAGAGCGCGGCGGCACAGUAAAGUUGCAUGAGUCGACAAGCGGCAGCAGCACGCCGAAUGACGAUGGCGUGCCGGAGUUCAUGCGCAUACAGUUGAAUCGCGUUGAUCCCGMGCGCAUUGCCAAAACCGCAAAUGUGGUGCUGGCCAAAAAUGUGCGCGAGCUGCAAACGCCUACACAACAGCAGCAACUACAACAAACAGAACCACAGCAGGUGCAACAGGAGAAGCAGCAGCAGCUACAACAACAGCACCCACAAGUGACCAAAGAGGCUAAUAACGAGCGCAACAGUAAUUUGGARGAGCUCAGCUUGCGCCGCUUGAGCAACGAGAGCGUGGAGAUUGUCGAGAAGCCMUCACCCAAUGAAGCCGACAAGCAGAAAACCAUAUUCGAUAUGAGCCAAAAUCACAGCUGCAGCAACAGCAACAACAGUAACAAUAAAUCGCCMACUAAAAUGCAAGUGGUUGUGAGCGCGCUGCCGCCAAGAAGUCCCGUAAAGAAACAACAAUCGAUUGUAACACUUUCACCAACAACACCAACCACACCGACAACACCGAUGACACCAACAACAACUGAUGUAGAUGAGAACGCAUUGYUGCGCAUGAAAACGCCAUCAGAUACGCCCGCGGACGGGGCAACGCUUAGCGCCAAAAAAUUAUCGUUGCAAGAGCGCAAGCGCUUGUUCAUGAGCGAGGAGAAAUUGAAGACGGACAAGCGCAUUGAGGARUUGCGCAAUGAGCGCAAGAAGUCCAUUACGGAGGAAGUCUAUCGCAAAUCAUUUGCCAAAUCGGAGGAGAAAUUGGAGACGAGCGAAAAAGCGGCCACUGACAAUGUGGUCAUGCUGCGCAAGAAGUCCUUCUGUGCGACGACGCAAGCRUGCGCACCGACCAACGGCAAUCGCGAUGAUGCGACACCCGAGUUGAUGAAGGUUUUCGCGCGGCGCUCAUUGAAAAUCAAAGAUGAGGACAUCAACGCGCUUGCCGACAAAAUACAGGUGAGCAAUGGUGGCGGCGGCGGCGGCAGCGGCAGCAGCGCCAAGAAGUUCGUAGCGGCGCAACAGAAUGUCGACAGCGACAAGGAGAAUCAGUCGGCGAGCGAGGAGAAACUAGACAAGUUGCCGAAAUUGGAGGCGUCACUCGAAAUGCAGAGCGGCAAAUUGACGAAUGGCGUCAAUAAUCGCAAUUCGUUGGCUGAUUUUCGUACGAAAAGCGUUAUUGGCGGUGYGUCACAUACGAAUGGCUUGAGCGUGCAUAAUAACAAUAAUAAUAACAACAACAACAACAAUCACACUGCCGCAAAUAACAGUAAUAACAGCACCACCGGCAUACACAGCGUUAACAAUACCACCGUCAACAAUGUCAACAGCAGCAACAACGGCAUCAGCAGCGCCGGCGGCRUCGGCGGCGCCAAUAAUCGCAGCUUCCUGCCGCCCAUCAAAGUCGCCGGCUUCCGCGCCAUACCCAUCGAGCGUAACAGCAGCGUUAGUAAAAUCUUUCCGACCACUGCGUCUGAAACUYUAAACAACARCAAWAAUAACAAUAGCAACAGCAACAAUUUGAAUAACAACAAUCACCAUCAACAGCAACAGCAGUUGAAUGGCAAAGCGCACGASCGACAAUCGUUGAAUAUUAAAGCGCUUGAGAGCAACAGCAGUGGCAGCAGCAGCAGCAUGAACAGUUCGAYGAGCAGCAGCAGCGCGCUUAGCAAGACAAUCGAGCGCUCGGCAACGGUUAGCGAAUUUAAGGGUAUACAUCAGCGGCGCGCCGAGUGGGAGCAACGCGCCAAGGAGGCGUUGAAGUAAGCGUGAAAAGGGAGAUGGCUACGCGCUUUUAUGCAGUGCUGGUGAGCAGCGAAAUAUGUGCGAAUAUAAGAAAUGAAAAGGCCGGYGCAGCAAAUACGUGUACCCAUGCUAGUGUACAUUGGGAAAAAUUGACAGUGACUUGGCGCAUGCGCAUGCGUAUGCUUUUCGAGCUUGUUUGCAUUUUCUGCAACAUUGAAGCACUAAGUUUUAAUUCAACUUUCUUUUUUAUCAUACAAAAUUAUGCCGUAAAGUUGUAAAUGUUACUAACAAAAUCUAAUAUAAGCAAAAAACAAAAAAUACUAAAAUGCUAAGAAAUAUGUAUGAAAUUUUCAAAGUGGACAUUGAUGGGUUGGCGGUUAGAACAAAAGCGGUGAUAAAGGUGAAAAAGUGCGAAUGUAGGGUGUGGUCAACGCUAAAAUUGCAGGGUUAGUCAUAUUGCUCGAACAUAUUGGUUAGUCGAAAAAGUCUUUUCAUACAUCUAUUGKCAAAAUACGUACAUCUAUAGACAARAUACGAAAAGACUUUUUCGACUACCGAAUAUUAUAUAUUGRAAUAUAAAUGGAAAUGCGAGAAAAUAGUGUUGAAAAUUAUUGAAGUAGGCAACAGUUAUUGAGAAAGCGCUUAGUUAGAUGUGAGAGCGAGAAGAGUAUAGUCUUCUUAUAAAUUAAUGURAAAAUAGUAAAAUUGGCUGAGCGUGCAGUGCAAUAAUGUUAGAGAUGGCGAAUCAUUGCAUGUUAAAAUACUUUAUUAUAAUAUUUCGAAAUUUUUGUAGAAUUUUUAUUUACAGAUUUUUUUGUUCGCAAUAGAUUUUU